CUUACUAAAAACAAACAAACAAACAAACAAAAAAGACAAAAAAACAAGAAACCUUGAGAGUUACUAUGUGUUGCCUGUCUUGUUUACCUAAUUUUGAUCUUCUUGAAUCCCAUUUCCCGCACGAAAAAAUCGUUAAUUCCUGCUUCGCGCCAUGAAAAUAAACAACUUCUCGCCUCCUGCCAGCUCCCCUCAAGUCUGCAUCCCGCUUUCAAAUUUUUUAUGUCCCGCAUCCCGAUGGCGAAAAAAGGCCCUUCCGAAUCCCGCCAACCCUUCGUUACUGACCCUCACCAUCCAUGUUUAUUGAAUAGAGAAUAAUACAUGGGCGCGUGAAGAUAUGUUAUUAUGUUAUUUCUCUUGGGGUGAUCAACCUCGAAAAGAGAAAUUCAAUAUCUUCAAGCAACCAUGUAUUAUUUUGGUUAUUAUAUAAACAUACUGAUAACGACGUAUUUGACGGUUGUCCGAAGGUCACACCGAGGAAGAUCCGAAGAUGUUAUAAUCAAACACCAACAAAUUUAAGUACAGUUGUAAAAGGGUCAAACAAAAUGGAAAACAUUACGUCAUCGAUAUCAUCGUAGUGAAAUUAGCGUAAUUUUACACGUCUUUUCUCCGAGCUGGAAAUCCUUGUAAAACACCCUAGUUUCUUCCGGAUUACUGAUGGUAUCCUAUCCUCCUUCGUCACGCAAUAAGUAAUGGUAUCCCAGCAUAGAGCAAUAGAAAAGCGUAAGCGAUAGCAACGCGGAAGUGAAUCAAAAUAAUUUGUGAUUUUACUCGCCAUGUCUCUAUCUAGUACUCUCAGAAAUCAGGGUAAUGAGUUCUUUCGUCAAGCAGUCCGCUUGGAUGUAGAUUGUUCGCCACAACAGGCAAGGGAUCUUUUUGAACGAGCGCUGUCUUGUUAUUAUCAAGCCAAAGACAAAUCUAACAACCGUGAAGACGAAUGCUCUGCUGCAAAGAACAUCGGUAAAGCGGCAUGGAAGAUCGCGAGAGUGCUGACCAAGAGUGGGGACAAACCACAAACAAUCAUCUUCUACCUGCACGAGGCGAUCAAAGGGUUGUGCACCGCUUACAGUAACAGUGAAGAAUGCAAAGACCCUGAAUGGAGAGGCGAAGUGUUUGAGACGAUCAGUGUUUGUUUACAAGAAGUGAUCGACGCGGCAGAAGCAUUUGGACACGCCGAUCAAAAGAUCGCGCAGCUGGAGAAGCUCGUGGUCAUCACCACAGUGAAUGAAGCUGUCCCGGACAUACAAAUGAAAUUGGCAACGAGCUACUUCCACGAUGGUACGACGAAACUACAGAAUGGCGACUACAAGAAAUGCCUGUCACGCAUGAAGGAUUGUUAUCGGCCUAUUGAAGAAGUUAAACAUCUGUCAAGCCGUUAUGGCGGAGAUUUAAAGUACGAGUUGCUGGAAGAAGCUGAAAUCCUGGAGAAAGACGUGUUCUACCACACAUGUGCGGCUUCUGCCUUCCAAGCUCGUGUUCACGGAGAUGAACUUCUUCAAACGGCUUUGAAGGAGCAAGAAGAGCUAGACAUGACGCUGAUUUUCGAAGUGAUCGACUGGUACAAGCAAGCGGUCGUGCUAGCGAGAGAGGUUGAGAUCGAGCAGGAGGCCAUCGCCGAGAGUCGUCUAGGUGUUGUCUACGACAAGGUUCUUAGGAUGACAUUGCGAGCUAAAGCGUACUUCACUCACAGCUUUGAGCUUGCGGAGUCUCUGAAACCUCGCGUUUUCACCUCCCAGGACUGGUACAAAGAUUGUAUCACGACGCUGAAGAAGUACCAAGACGAGGCUCGCCAGAGGGACGAGGAAGAACAACAGAAAGCUCGAGCGGCGUUUCUGGAGGAAUUGUCUGAGGAGUUAGCUGACAUAAGAUCUCACAAAGCCCGGGCAGCCGACCUGAUUAAACACGUGUAUAGCAACUAUCCACCUAAACAUCCAUCUUGGCAGAAACCCAGUGAUGAAGACAUGAAAAAAUGGGGAGAAAUGGAGUUAGAUUCCAGAGAUUACAAGAAGCUUCUUCUCAAAGCCCUCGGCUUCUACCAUCCUGAUAAGGUAGAUGAAAAAAUCCAUGGUAUGAAAUGGAAAAUUCUCUGUGGGGAGAUCACUAAAAUGCUUAAUGAUCAUUACGAGGGAACAAAAUUAGGCUCAAGAGGUUAAACUGGUGUAAACAGUAUAUGACUAUGAACUGAAAGUACAUUUAAUAAGUUGUAGUGUGUUGGGCGAUUAGUUGUCAAAUGUAGGAAAACUGAUACGGUCUUAUGUAUGAUGACUGUGCACAUCAUUUACAUCUACGCAAGUAGCAACACUUAAUGAGAAAAGUUACACAAUUUAAAUAUUUGAAAAUUUCCAGACCGUAAAAUGCCAUGUUUUGUUCACCGUUUAAUACAGAGUACAGUUAGCAAGGUAAUUCUCACACUUUCAGUUCUUUAUUGUAAAUUUUUCUCUUUUUCCCGCUUUUAUACAUUAUAUUUCCUUAUAAAGUAAUUACAUAAAUCAGUACUGAGGUACUAAAGCAUGCAAACAUUAAAAACUAAGACACAUUUAUGUAUUUUGCGUGUUGUUUCUAACUCAACCCACCCCAACACAUUAAACUGAGUAUCUCUAGAGGAUUCACAUUAAAGAAUAAUACAGGCAGCGCAAUUUUGCAGCCGUUGUAAACUUUUGCUGGACGCCGUCGAUGGUUCACCUCGACAUGCAGUGUCAGCACAACUUAGGGUUGGCUCAAUAAGGGUAUAACGGACACACUGUCGCUUAAGAUUGAGACAAGACCGUAUUCGUGCUAAGUGCCCCAAACGUUUGUUAAUUUUGUUACAAAUACAUUGGAACCCCGCUAAUACGUCACCAACGGGCCAUGAAGAUUUGGCCGCAUUAACGGGGUAGGGUCAAUUAAAC